ACAAAAACAUAUCUCAACAUCUUCUCUCUUAUUGUCUAAAUUUGUCACAGGCACAUAAACCCAAACACACACACACAGAGAAAAUACAUUUUAACUCGAUAUGGGUGAUGAGAUUGGGGUUCUCACAAAGGCUUUCUCAGGAUUUGGAGUGGAUGAAAAGUUAGUAAUCUCAAUACUAGGAAAAUGGCAUCCAGAAGAAAAGAAAUCAUUCAGAAAAGGAUGCCCUAAUUUGUUUCAAGAAGAUCAUCGUGACUUUGAGAAAUGGGAUCAGAAUUACAUCGCCACUCUCGAACAUGAAUUUGCAAGAUUCAAGCAAGCUAUUGUGCUAUGGACAAUGCAUGCGUGGGAAAGAGAUGCAAGGCUAGUAAGGGAUGCAUUGAGCAAGGGUGCCCACUCAUACAACGUACUCAUUGAGAUUGCUUGCACUAGAUCAUCAGAAGAGCUUUUGGGGGCAAGGAGGGCUUACCAUUCUCUUUUUGACCAUUCAAUCGAGGAAGAUGUCGCCUACCACAUCAAUAACAGCAACCGUAAGCUAUUGGUAGCGCUGGUGAGUGCUUAUCGAUAUGAGGGUGCAAAGGUGAAUGAUACGAUAGCCAAAUCAGAGGCAAAAAUCCUUGGAGAGGCCAUUAAGAAUGUGGAUAGGAACCCCAUUGAGGACGAUGAAGUUGUAACGAUACUUUCAACAAGAAGCAAAGCUCAUCUUAAGAUUGUUUUCGACCAUUACAAGGAACUAUAUGGUAACGACAUCCAUGAGGAUCUACAUGAUGAAUCGAUCUUGAAAGAAGCAGUUCUUUGUCUUACUUCUCCCCAGAUGUACUUCGCCAAGGUACUGGACAUGGCCUUAGCAAUUGGCGCCAAUGAGAACACAAAAAAUGGUCUAACUCGUGUCAUAGUAACUCGAGCUGAUACCGACAUGAAAGAGAUCAAGGAACAGUAUGUUAACUUGUACGGAGUUCAGUUUUUGAGUAAAAUUGAAGAGCUAACCAGUGGAAACUUCAAGGAUCUCUUGCUUGCGUUGAUCCAAAGGUCCGAAUAAUGAAUAUGAAAAGAGUACAACAAAAUAUCGAAUUCUUUUACCAAAUGUAGUUUGAUGUAUUUCAUGCUUUCUGGUGUCUUUUAUUGUUCAAAAAUUCAAUCGCCUAGACUGAUGGCCUUGAAUGAGUCUGUUCUCUUUUCUUGGUAUUGUUUCUGAUUAUCCGGUUUGUUAUGGCGUUUGAUGAGUAUUUAUGAAUCACAAGUCUAAAUGGCGUUUGAUGAGUAUUUAUGAAUCACUAAGUCUAAAUAAUGAAAUCACCUGGAUUUUAUCGAA